CUAUUGACUCUUGUUUCUCUUAUACUAGAAAAUGGCUUGCAUGUCCUCGGUUGAAAAAGAAUUGGUAGUGGCACAACUUGGGACUCAUUUGACCAAUGAGAUCAUUUUCACUUGUGCCAUAACAAUUAAGCCUUAUUUCCAAACUAAUUGAAAUCGGCUUUCAACUCAAUUGGAUACCAAAUCAGUAUAGGAAAAUUUUAUUUGUUUGGUGUAUUAACUCUAACUUUGAGAAGUCAGUCAUCCUUAAAAGAGAACAAAUUCAAACGAACAUGCUGACAAGAAAUAAAAGACGAGGCCUCCCACUAACAUAAGUUCUAUACUACUUUGUCUUUCACUAUAUAAAUCAUCCUUAAUUUUAUCUUUCUUACGCUUACAUCUCUUCCUCAACAUUUUGCAAAUAUGGAAUACAAAUCCCAAAAGCAGCCUAAAGGGGUCUCACCCAACAAACCAAGCAAGUUCAAAGAAAGAAGCACAGCCUCUACUUGCAGAAGCAAGUUUGUUGGGGUCAGACAAAGACCUUCUGGGAAAUGGGUAGCAGAGAUCAAAGACACUACACAGAAGAUUAGAAUGUGGCUUGGAACUUUCGACACUGCAGAGGAGGCUGCUCGAGCUUACGAUGAAGCUGCAUGCUUGCUUCGCGGUUCCAACACUCGAACCAACUUCACCACCCAUAUCCCUACAAACUCUCCUAUCUCAAUGAAAAUUAGAAAUCUCCUCAAUCACAAAAAGAGUUUGAAACAAAACUGUCCUGCAAAUUCCACCUCAAAAACCACCAUCAAAGCAAGUACUAUAGUUAGUACCAAUAAGAGUGGUAUCAGUAGCAGCAACGAUUAUUUUCAAUCAGUUAGUAGCAAUGAUAGUUUUGAAUCUGGUAAUAGUAAUCUCACUUCACUAUGCAUUGGUGUGAAACAAGAAAAUUACCAGAUGUUUGAUGAUGUAUACAGACCAGAUUUGAGCGGCUGCGUUGGGGGCCUCGAACUGGCUGGCUUGUCUCACUUCUAUUAUUCCUCCUGGCCAUUCCCAACUGGUUUUGAUCAGCUUCCAUUAAUGCAAGAAGGGAUGGAGUUGCCAAAGAAUGUUGGUCCGUUGCCUGAUGCAGCUCAUGAAUUAGAACUAGCUGAAUUUGAACGAAUGAAGGUAGAAAUGCAGAUAUCAGCAUCAUUGUAUGCGAUGACUGGAGUAAACGAGUAUUUGGAGAGUGCUAAUUAUGAUCCCAGCUAUGCUCUCUGGGAUCUUCCCACCCUGAGCCAGCUCUUCUGUCCUAGUUGAUCCUCUUGUCUCUCUCUCUCACAAAUUUGAUGCAUGAUGGUAGAGAAACAUAGAAUGUUACUUUCGAAGAUUUACUUGAAGAAUGCUUUUUAGUGAUGCUAUGAGGAAAUUGACAAGAGUUAGCAUAAGAACAUUUUGUUUCAUGCUUUAGAGAUUAUAACUGCUUGUGAAACCAACUUUAUGGCUUAAAUCUGGAAAUUUCUUUUCAGUUGAUUUUCACAUAUUACUUUCUAACCGAAAGAAAUUUUAUUAUUCCAAGCUUGCUUGGUGAAGAAAAAUCUAUUUGACAUUGAAGU